GGAGUUUGCGCAUCGAGUUGAAAAAUGUACGGUAGGCAUAUGUGUGCUACUUAUUGAACUAAGGUGGAUGAGUAUUUAUAUUUCGAAAUAUUCGUGUUCUUGUUUGUUUUUGGUCGAAGAUGUUUAACUUAAGUCGGCAGGGACUGCUUUGCAAUGUCCAAAGGUUUAAUUGCCGACUUCUUAGUUCUGUUGUGCCAGAGGUGAAGAUUGAUGAUUUUCGUGUGAAAAAUGAACCUAUUUUAUCUUACCUGAAAGGGAGCAAGGAACGCAAAGAACUGGUAGCAGCAUUACAAGAAACUGCUGCCACUUGUGAGGAUGUGCCCAUUGUUAUUGGAGAUGAAGAAAUUCGGGCAAGUGAUGUCAGAUAUCAAGUUAUGCCUCACAGUCAUCAGAAGAAAAUAGCUAAAUUCUACUAUGCUACAUCGGAUAUUGUGCAAAGAUCAAUAGAAGUGGCCACUGCAGCCCAGGUGUCAUGGGAUCGAACUCCAUUAGAGCAAAGGCUGCAAAUUUGGCAUCGGGCUGCUGAUCUGAUGGCAAACAAAUACCGCAUGAAGCUGAAUGCAACAACCAUGCUAGGUCAAGCUAAGACUGCUAUCCAGGCAGAGAUCGAUUCAGCAGCUGAACUGAUUGAUUUCUUUAGGUUUAAUGCAUAUUCUGCAAAGGAGUUAACUAAAUACCAACCAAUUAGUGAGGAACCAUCAGUAACAUUGAACUCCAUGCGGUAUCGAGGGAUUGGUGGUUUUGUUGCUGCAGUCUCGCCGUUUAACUUCACAGCUAUUGGUGGCAACUUAGCCUACACUCCAGCUCUUAUGGGGAAUGGAGUAUUAUGGAAACCUUCAGACACAGCAUUGCUUUCAAAUUACACUGUCUUCAAGAUUGUUCGUGAAGCAGGAUUACCACCGGGUGUGGUAAAUUUUGUGCCUGCCGAUGGUCCUGUUUUUGGAGAUGCUAUCACAUCGUCUCCACAUCUUGGUGGAAUUAACUUCACAGGAUCUGUGCCAACGUUCAACCGGCUUUGGACACAGGUUGGACAAAACAUUAACCGUUACCGUAGCUAUCCGAGAAUUAUUGGAGAGUGUGGUGGUAAGAACUACCAUUUUGUCCAUCCGUCAGCAGAUGUCACCAGUGUUGUUAUGGGUACUAUCAGAUCAGCGUUUGAAUUUUGUGGUCAGAAGUGUUCUGCUUGCUCUCGGAUGUAUGUGCCACAGUCAUUAUGGCCAAAAAUCAAGGCAGGUCUUCUAGCAGAACGGUCUAAGCUAAAAGUUGGUGAUCCAACAGAGUUCGACAGUUUUACUUCUGCUGUUAUCGAUGACAAGGCAUUUCAGCGAAUAAAGUCCUAUAUUGAACAUGCAAAUAAUUCAAAAAAUUUGACAGUAAUUGGGGGUGGGAAAUAUGACAACAGCAAGGGCUACUUCAUUGAACCAACUAUUGUGGAAGCUUUAGAUCCAGAAGAUCGAAUUAUGGUGGAGGAGAUCUUUGGUCCUGUCCUCUCUGUAUAUGUUUAUCAUGAAAAGGACCUUGAAUUUACUCUGAGACUUGUGGGUGAGUCAACACCCUAUGCCCUGACAGGAGCUGUCUUUGGUACAGAUCAACAUUUUCUUCAGUAUGCUCUGGAAGAAUUGAAGCAAACAGCUGGGAACUUUUACAUCAAUGACAAGUCCACAGGUUCAGUGGUUGGACAACAGCCGUUUGGUGGAGGGCGUAUGUCAGGAACAAAUGAUAAAGCUGGCGGACCGCACUAUGUCCUUCGUUGGGCUUCUCCACAGGCCAUCAAGGAAACAUUUGUGCCACUCAAAGAAUGGAAGUACCCAUACAUGUCUGAUUAAUACACACAAUAAAAGUAACUUAUGAUCAGCCAGUAGGAAGCCAGCUUGACCAUCAGCUGACCAAUAGCAUGUUGCUGGCAGUACUGUGAUAACAGCAACAUGUGCGAGGGAGUCUGUAUAUUACAAGCAUAUUAAGAAUAAUGAUAAUAAAAGUAAUAAUAUUACACAUGGAUUUUGAAGAGUUUCAUGAGAAUACUUUUUUCUUUGAAUUAUGUUUAUCGAUUACAAGACAAGAAAUUAUUGUAAUGUUUAUUGAGAAUGGGAAGGAAUUUCAAGGAAUAUUGUUUUACACAUUUACUUUGAAAUCUCUCUGAAGUUUUGUUGUGAUGAAUAAAACAAGAGCUCUGGAUGAUUUUUUUUCCUCAGCCAGUGUUGGGUAGUCAAAGAUAACAAAAAGCAACAUUGUGGCUAGUUACAAAAUUGUUGUUAUAACAGUAUUAGUGCCACAGUUAGUCUUUACUCAGAGUUACAAUGAACUACUUAAUUGUGAAAUUGUGUGAAUGAAACAAGUGUACAUGUCUUAGAACUUGUAUAUUUUUGGUACCUAAGUCACUUUUCUGUAUCAAACGUUUCGUUCUAUUAGUUGUGAUUAUCGUCCUGCAACAGGUAUGUAUGUAGUAUGCUACUGUUUUUCUGAUUGUUAUUUCUGUAUAAUGAUUUUAUCACAGUAUUUUGUACAUAUACAAACUUUAUGCUCUAUAUUAGGUUCCUGUAAUUUAAAUAAAACUUACAAAAACAA